GUUGUUAUACCAUAGAAAAGAAAUUGACCGGUUCUGUGUAGUAAAAAUAAUGAUAUCUUCAUUCAUUGAAAUUUAAUUUCAUUUUGUUAGUUCAGUGAAACAUUUCCUAGUUCUACUGGUGUAACUUUUUGAUUUCGUGAUUUUCAAUAAUGUCUAGAAGGCUGUAUAAAGUUGUUUUUGGAAGCUGCAGCAUCAUUACUGCUUAUGGUGUAUAUAAAUUUAAGAAGACAGAAACCGUUGUGGCAGAUUCCAGUAUUACUUCUAGACCAAAGCAGAGGUUGUUGACCAGAGAUGAACAACUGAAAGCAUUACAGAGUAAUUCAGAGUAUGAUGUUCUGGUUGUUGGCGGUGGUGCAACUGGAGCAGGUGUUGCUUUGGAUUCAGUUACUAGAGGAUUAAAAACUGCUUUAGUAGAACUAGAUGAUUUUUCUUCUGGAACAAGUAGUCGGAGCACCAAAUUGAUUCAUGGUGGUGUGCGCUAUUUGCAAAAAGCAAUUAUGCAGUUGGAUCUUGAACAGUAUCGAAUGGUGAAAGAAGCACUUCAUGAAAGGGCCAAUCUUUUAGCUAUUGCACCUCAUCUGUCUUAUCCUUUGCCAAUUAUGCUUCCAAUUUACAGAUGGUGGCAAGUACCUUACUAUUGGGUUGGAAUCAAAGCAUACGAUUUUGUAGCUGGAAGACAACAAGUAAAAUCAAGUUAUUUUCUGUCUCGAGAAAAAGCACUGGAACGUUUCCCGAUGUUAAAGACAGAAGGAUUGUGUGGAGCCCUAGUAUAUUAUGAUGGUCAACAUAAUGAUGCUCGAAUGAACUUAUCGAUCAUUAUUACUGCUGCAAGAUUUGGGGCAAAUGUAGCCAAUCAUGUUGCUGUUGUUGAGCUUCUAAAAUCAGAAGAAUCUGGGAAAGAGAAAGUUGUAGGUGCAAAAGUAAAAGACAUGCUUUCAGGUAAAACAUGGGAUGUUCAUGCAAAAUGUGUGAUAAAUGCCACAGGUCCAUUCACUGACUCAAUACGCAAAAUGGAUAAUCAGCAGUGCCCUGAAAUCUGUCAACCUAGUGCUGGAGUUCAUAUUGUUCUACCUGAUUAUUAUAGUCCUGCAAGCAUGGGAUUGUUGGACCCUGCCACUAGUGAUGGGCGAGUCAUUUUCUUUCUACCUUGGCAGAAAAUGACAAUUGCUGGAACAACUGAUAGACCAUGUGAUGUAACACAUCACCCAAGACCAACAGAAGAUGAAAUCCAAUUUAUUCUUGAUGAAGUAAAGAAUUACUUGAGUCCCGAAAUCACAGUUCGUCGAGGUGAUGUAUUAUCUGCAUGGAGCGGAAUUCGACCAUUAGUGCUGAACCCAAAUAAAGGCUCAACAGAGGCCCUUGCACGUAAUCAUGUGCUUCAUGUCAGUGACUCAAACCUUAUCACAAUUGCAGGUGGUAAAUGGACUACUUAUCGAGUGAUGGCGAAAGAAACUGUAGAUGCAGCCAUCAAAACUUGUAAUUUAGACCCCAAAUCUGACUGUCAGACAGAUGGACUAUUACUGGAAGGUGCUCGUGGUUGGACUCCAAACAUGUACAUCAGAUUAGUUCAAGAUUAUGGUGUGGAAAGCGAGGUUGCUCAACAUUUGGCUAACACUUAUGGAGAUAGAGCAUUUUCUGUAGCAAAACAUGCAUCUUUGACUGGUAAAAGAUGGCCUAUAAUAGGUAGACGAUUGCAUCCUCAAUUUCCGUACAUAGAAGCUGAGGUCAAAUAUGCCAUACAAGAAUAUGCAUGCACAGCUAUUGAUGUAAUAGCUCGUCGCCUCCGUUUAUCAUUUCUGAAUGUUCAAGCAACUGAAGAAUCUCUACCUUCAAUAAUUUCAAUCAUGGCUCAGGAUUUAAAGUGGAGUAAAAGUAGGCAAAAGGAAGAAUAUGAGAAAGCAAUGGCAUUUCUACGUACAGAAAUGGGUCAAGAUGUUAACCGUAAAGCUAGAGUUGCUCCUGUUAAUUUUUCAGAAGAAGAAGUCUAUUCAUUCACCAAAAAGUUUCAAACUCUUGAUAAAGACAGAAAAGGAUACAUAACUGUUAAUGAUUUGAAACUAAAUCUUAAGGCCCAAGGAGAAAAGGUUGAUGAUGAAACAUUGCACGAUAUUCUUAACGAAGUAGAUUUAAAUAAAAAUGGACAAGUUGAGUUGGAUGAGUAUUUACUGCUAAUGAGUGCUAUUAAGACGGGAGCAAUCUCUGUAAGUCGACUUGCAACUGCCCUUGACAUUCAGUAUGAUCGCAGUGUACUUACCGUCGAUCGCAGUGGUGGAGGUGUUUAAAAAAAAUUGACAUUAGUUGAUUUUAUAAGACUUAAAUAUUUUUACAGUAUCUAUAAUUUCAUACAGUACAUGUUCUGUUCGUUAAUUUACCUAUUUUUAUUCCACUAUUUUCGCAGACAUCAUUUUAGAUUUUAUACUUAAAUUUCUGUAUUUCUUUUGACUUUAUUUUAUUGAUCUGUUGUUAUCAAAGGAACAUUGUGCUCCCGCCAAAUGAUAGAAUACAGAGUUCUUGUCUAUAAAGUUUUUGUCUUGUUUCAUAGUCAAAUUUUGAUACUGAGAUGCAGGUAAACAAUAUUUCAGCCAAAAUUUUUACUAAAUUAAAUUAAACUGUUGUUUUUUUCUAAAUAUAUAUAAAAUUCUGUUUCAUACAACCUUGGUCAAUAAAGUUCAGUGAACAGUCUUAUAACAUUAACAUGGAGAAAAUAUUAACAAAAGUAACCUUACUGUCCUUCAAAAUAGUCAUCUCCAAUAAGUAUGCUUCUCUGAGAUCUACUAUGCAUGUCCUGGAAACUUUGCAAGAAGUGGGUUUUUGGAAUUGCAUUCAAAAGCCUUAUCACGUUUGUUGAAUUUCAAUAACAUCAUCAAAUCUCUUUCCUUUCAAAGCGAGUUUGAGUCAUAGGAAUAGGAAGAAGUCUGGAGGAUUGAGAUCUGAUAAGUAUGGUGGUUGUUUAAUAUGCACUGUUGUAUUUACACAUACGAAAUUAAUAGAAAUGUGUUUUUAUAUGUGUUAGAAAAAAACAUGGUUGAAAUGCGUCCUACAAUUCUGGUCAUUCUAAAUCACAUAAAUCAAAAAGAGACAAGUUGAUCUGUCUCGUCUGGAGUUAAAGUGUUAGUAGUUAUUCUUUUAUUGUUUCAUAGCUUAUAUCAAUCUUCACAGCAUCGCUCCUUUUUCUUUUCUUUUUUAGCUAGGGACUGUUUAAACAGACUUUAAAUUGAUCUUUUGUUCUUUCAUUUUCCUGCUCUGAGUUAAGAACUAACACACUGAACAAGCAAUUUUUAAAAUAAGUUUUACACGAAACACAAAUGACACUCAACUGAAUAACUGCAGGCGCAUAUGGCCAACACUUGACUUGCCGCUAUGCAGGUGCAGGGUUUUGUUUCAUUAGUGUUGCCAGAUCUACCGUUCUGACUUUAUACACUGAACUUUAUCCUCAAAGGUUGCAUUUUUACAGUUCACAAUCACUUUGUCAUCCUUUUCCCUGAAUACAAACUUCAUAAAAUGCCAACUUUGUUUUAGCAUCAAAAAGGAAAUUCAUAUUUUUUUAAAAGCCAGUUUCAAAUGUAUUAAAUUUUGAGCUUAUUAUACAAUUUAACUUGAUUUUUUCAAUGUUCCUUUAUUUGUGUGGGUGGUUGUGAUAUUAAAUACUUAAUGUUACUUGUUUUGGAUUGUUUUGAACAAACAAUUAAUCAUACUUUGCAAACUCGGUGAUCAAGGCCUUGGAAGAUAUUUACAUUCAUGUUAUUUUCUUGAAAUAUUUUGCUUAUACAUUUAUUAUGUGUACUUCUUUAAAAAUUCAUGUAUUAUUAACUGUUCAUGAAACAAAUUUUGUGAUGCCUAGUUUUGGUCAAUGUGCAAUAAACUGAUUCCUAGUCUU